GGCUCGACUCCUUAGCCUUGAUUUCUUCAAUUGUCCCUUUCGCAUAUCAACUUUUUUUUAUGAAGAAAAGCCUGUUCGCGAUGACAUUUGGAGGUGAAUCGGCAGACGAGGUCAGCCAGGUGAUUUCAGAACUGGUUCCUGUGCGGGCUGACUGGCUUGCAAGUUUCUGUUCCUGUGCAGUACAGUAAAAGCUAUUUGCUUGGUCAGAGGAUUGCAAUGAAACCAGCUCAGGAGCGAAACCAGGAGUGCCUGCCUCCUAAGAAGAGAGACCUCCUAGUUAGCAACAGCAGUGGAGCUGGAGGGACAGGAGCAGGUGGGGCUGCAGGAGGAGGAGGAGGAGGAGGUGGCGGUGGCGGCGGCAGUGGAGGUGGCAGUAGUGCUGGUGGUGUUGGAGAAGAUGAAGUGGUUUCCAUCCAGAACUCUGCAGCCAACAGUGACACUCAGGGAGGGACCCCAUCUGGAGAGUGGCUGCGAGCUCAGCCAGGGCUUCAUUAUGGAGUGGAUAAUUCGGAUGGCAUACCAGCAGUGCCAGUUGACCAGUACAGUAUGCUCUACAAAGUGGCUCUUCCAUCUGUUACCUACUCGCCUACCAGUCUUCACCCAGUGUUAAGCCACAUCUCUCCAGCUUACACUGUACACUCUCCUCUCCUGCAGCAUCCAGGCCUUCCCUAUCCUCCUCUCGGUUACGCCCAGAUCCCUCAUUCCUCUCUCCAGUUUGUUAGUUCCCCUUAUGCAGCGGUACCUUACGCUCUACCCCCUGGCUUUGUCCCGGGAUCGUUGAUCUCUCCCUCAGGCACCAUCCCUCAGCCCCAUGCUGUGCCCCACCUUGUUCCUUACCCAUCUGUCAUACAGGAAGGUGUUGUUUCUCCACCUCCCCAGGCCCAGGUAGCUGCUCAUACCUUUGCCAAAGUUGCCGCAUCCAGCGCUGUCCCGCUGAUGCUGCCUUCUGAGCAAGCUGCCCAGCAGCACCUUGGUACUGUCGGAGUCCUGCCCGCAGCAGAGCUCAGCUCUCGAGGAUUGCCAGUCUUCUAUCACCCUCAGGGCGCCAGGGCUGCCGCCGCCUCCAGAGACCCCCACGGUGCCCAGCAGGAGAACGAACCAGAGAUGAAUGGAGGCGAUAAAGAGCAGGGAGCGAGGGAGGUUGUACUCGACUUGGCCUACACUGCCAGAAAUGCAAGUCUGCUGCAGGUAGCGCCUAACGCUGCAGCCCAGGAGUACAGCCAAGACAGAGGCGCGCUGCACCGAAGGCUGGAGGAGAGGAGCUCACCUGGCCAGCGCAGCACUCCAGACAGCGACCUGGAGGUGCAGCAGGUGGUUGGUCGUUUGGCUUCUUCUAGCCACGGUGGAGUGCGGAAAGAAGUCUCCUUUGCUCCCUUGAACCUCUCUCAGGGUGCUCAGAGAGCCAGAGAUGUCCAUGGAGAGAGCACAGGCGUGGUUUCCGGCCGGACUGCGUUCCCGACCCAGACUGUGAGUUACACUGAUCCCAGAGUGACCGGUCUCCAGCAGCAAACAGGACAACCAGGACACGCUGUCAUGCUUGCCAACGGGCAACCAGUUCUUAUUCCCCUGGAGUAUCACCUGCAGCAUCAGUCCCAACCACUGCAGCAACACUACCCAGGACAGGCGAAUGAUGCCUCAGCCAGCCAUGCCUCGACCACCAUGGCCUCUCCUAACCCAAGCUUUAAAGCCUCUGAUUCUUCAGCCAGAGUGUGCCUCGUUGAAAGGGCGGAGCCAGCCACAGCUCAGCAGCAGCUCCCCCAGCAGCCUCCUGUCCAGCCUACAGCAGAUGUGACUCAGGCCGUAGCUUCAAGCCUCGCUCCCGCCUCGGCUCCCUGCAACCCGUCACACUUCAUGAAGGGAGCCAUUAUCCAGCUGGCUACUGGGGAACUGAAGCGUGUCGAAGACCUGCAGACUCAGGACUUUGUGCGGAGCGCCGAGGUGAGUGGGGGUCUUAAGAUUGACUCCAGCAUGGUGGUGGACAUCCGUGCCAGCCAGCAGAGACCGGGUCUGGUGUCACUUCACUUUACUGUGGGAGAGCAGCAGAGUAAAGUGACCAUCGAUGUGCCUCCGGAGCACCCCUUUUUCGUGUUCGGGCAGGGCUGGUCGUCCUGCAGCCCUGAGCGCACAGCCCAGCUCUACGGUUUGGCCUGCCAUCAUCUGCAAGUAGGAGACGUGUGUGUGUCCAUCACCCUACAGCAGCAGCUUCAGCCACAGCAGCAGAAACAGGCGCAGCACCAUCCAUCACAGCAGCAGCAGCAGCAGCAGCAGCAGCAGCAGCAGCAGCAGCAGAAUCUGUCCAGGACUUUGAGCAAAACCACAUCAGGACCUGGUCAUCAGCUCAUGGGGCCUCCUGCCCCUCAGCAGUCACGGCCUCCGUCUCAUUUCAGGCUAGACCGCAUCCACAGAGAAAGACAGAGGGAUGGGGAAAAAGAUGCGCCUGAUAAGGACGAAGCUACGCAUUUCGGGGUUGCUGGGCACUCAGAGUCGCCCAUCAGACCAAGUAGGACCUUAGCAGAGCAUCCGAGGAGCCAGAGCAGUUACCACUUGCACACAGAGGGCUCUGCUUUUGCAGGGGCAGGGAUGGGAGCCAUGCAGGCUGCGCUAGGUGCUUCUCAGAGGCGCUGGUCCUCACCUGGCCUCCAAAGAUACAGUAUGAAGGGAGACGAAGGGCAACGCCCUCAAAUAAGCACCUCCGGCCACAUUAGGCCAUCUUUCAUCCCCCAGGAGGUCAAACUGUCCAUCGAGGGGCGCUCUAAUGCAGGGAAGUAGCAUCACAUUUGGUAGCAUCUAUAGAAUAGACUGCCACGAGUAGGAACGAGUCUGACAAGGAGAGAAAGAGGGAAAAAAAGAGUGCGAAUGUAGCCUCAGAAUGUUUGAGAUUUUGCACACCUAAAAUAUACAAAAAAACAAGAUCUUUGUCUAUCUGGUGAGAAGUUCUGGUUUGGUUCAGUUGUCACUCAGCCAAAGGAUACGAGCCUGUGGUUUCCCAGCCAGCUGAGGUCUGACGGGGACAUUACAAGCUGAGUAGAAAGUAUGUAGCGGAUGAAAUGCCUACCAUAGUCCUUGCACACUGCAUUACUCUUCCUCCCUCGCUCCUCUGUCGCCACUUCCUCAUACCCACACUUGGAGGUUAUUAUCGCAUUCAGAACACCCUUUUGACCAAACCGUCUCUUUGGGAGACCAAGGACUACGAAGAAUGUGUUUGUAGCACAGUGAAGCUACCAACUCUGCAGGUUCUGAUGUAUUUAAAGGAUCACAGCCAGUGAUCUUUAAUCUCCUCCAUUUGUAAGAUCCUGUUUCCUUCAAAAGCAUUUACCCAAAAAAAAGAGAGGAGUUGCUGACAGCAGCAGCUCCUGCAGUGAUGUUGGCACUGUUGACGCUAACUGUCAGUGUAUGUUACAUUAUGCUUCUACGGCAGGAGUCUGAAACCUCUGCUGUCGGCUGAGAUACUCUCUCCCCUCCUUCCUUUUCAGGAAGCCGCUCUGCAAAGAUCCUCUCUCAGGCCAAAUGAUCCACGUCCCACUUGUCUUACAAUCGAAAUAGUGAUAAACCAAUCAGUGUGUAUGUUCAGCAAUCAGUUACCACUCUGAAAAAAAAAAAAAAGAAGUGCUCAUGCCCUCUGGUUUGGGCUCUAACGUGUGAGUGUGUUUGCGUAAAUGCGGUAAAUUGGAAUAAUCCUUUGUUCUCUAUGAUGACUCGAGAUAUCUUGCAUUCCAGUAUCAUCAGUGAGAAUAUCCAUCACUUCGCGUUUAACAUUUCCUUCCUAGAGAAUCACUUCCCAUCCUGAGCUACUCCCUCCCUCCUUCUUGCUAUACCUCAAAGCUUUCCCGACCAGUCUGGUGACUUUAAUGCAAUUUUAGACGGCGUAAUUAAUGGAGGAGGCACUGGCUGGUCAUCACCAAAGCCACCUGUGGGAAUGAGACGUUAUGGUGUCACAUCACCGGCUGCGGGCCACUUAAAACCUCAGAAGAGUGGAAGGGCCUCGUAGUUUGCCUUGUCGAGAGAAACCCCUGCGUGUGAGUGAAUCAGUGACGAGGGGUUCUCUUUUGUCCUAGUUACUCUUUGCUCGGUUCCCAAAUUAAAGCAAUAGUUCUUUUUACAUUACGCAGCUGUACCACUCUCCCCCAGGAGUCUCUCCUCUUGGGCUGUUUUAUAUCUGAGGUGUGAGAUGUGACCCCCGACCUUUAAAGGCAAUGCACUAUUUUGCAUUUUCAGUGAUUCUUCAGUAUUUCUACACAAGCAAUGCAUGACAAAUUUCUCAAGAAAUCAUUGUAGAUGAAACUCUUUGAUUCUCUAUCUCACUGAUGAUAUUUUAUCUUUUACUCAAGUGCAUCUCCAAGAAAGGCUUGACUCUAAUUAAGUUCUGUUUUGUCUAACGUACACAGUCCUUCGCUUUUGUACUAGGUUAUACUUUAUCCAGUGGAUCUUAUGAUUGUCUCGUGUUGCACAUGGAAAAUGUCACUCAUUGAUUUCACACUGACCUUGUUAAUAGGAAUCACAGUACAGUAGAUGUUUUUUUUGUAAUGAAGGGAAUAUGUUGAAGUAUUGUUGUUGGUGUUUUUGUGGCGAGAGAGAGAAAAACAACUGACUUGCAUUUUUAACUCUGUUUACAAAUUAGCCAAGAUGAAUGCUGCAGUUUCCUCCUUCUGACAGAUUUUUAUCUUUUGUCACUGAAAAAAAAAAAAAAUCCUAAAGGAUGAAGUUGAAAUUAAGUGCAAUUAGACCACAUGUCAAAUCAUUCAGAGGUUUAUAAUCAGACGGCAUUCCUCAAGCAGACAUUCCCAUGAAGAUGUGUAAAUCACACACUUUCUUUUUUUGUCUGUCGCAGAGCUUUGGACUUACCUCUCGCAAAACAUUUAAUCACUUUUGAAUAUUUCAUGCAUUACCCUAUAUCUCCAGUCAUUGGAUCAGUUUGUUACAUGGUUGUCAAUUUUCUGUCGGACUCGUGUGUUGGUGCAGUCCAUUAGUCCCUCUUCAACUCUCCUCACUCUCGUAACCUCUCAGGGGUCACUGAGAAUACAGUGAGGGAAACACAGCGACCUGAGCUGAGGAGACUCUCAUCUUCUGUUAUUGUCAUUACAAGAGUUUUAAAGGACAGGUUCACAUUUUUCCAAGUCUGUCUUAAAGACCCCCUCCAGUGAAAAUCUUAAAGCUUUAAUGUUGUUAACAUGUUCAUAUUGUGUUUUUUAUAUGCUGAAAGCCACACCAUGAGUGACAUUAGUCCGUCAACACCUCGGCUGAGCAUUUUGGCCUUGAAACUGCAGUAUAGUCAUUACAGUCGCGUAAACACAGAUUCAGACUUCCAGGGUUUGAACCAAUCCCGUCAACUUGUGGGGUAUCAGAGGGAGAAGCCAGGUGUAGCUAAAAAUCAGUAUUUUGCCACUCAAGUUUCACUUAAACUUGUCAAAGCUGGGAUACAAGGUUUAUUUAACAUUAGCAACACAUUAUUUGCCAUUUGAUCAUGCAGUCGAGCUGAAGGCUCAUGCUAUCUACUACUGUUGCCAGGCAGAGGUCUGAGUAUAUUAUGUACAGAGUCAGUGUUGAGCAGGUACGCUCGAGCUGCAGGCAGUUGGCUGAGGGGCGGACUAAUGUGCAUGUUCAUAGCUCCGCACGCACUAAAUGAGGCAAAGGUGUAGAGUAUCUGAGCUAUUUUAAGCCAUUAAGGUGUGACAUAUAUAAUUUUGUUGAACAGAGAUGAGAGUUUAAUGCUCAGGGAGAAACUUUAAAACAAUUUUCCCAUGCCCGUAAAGGUUUAUUGGUCUCAGUA